CUGCUCCGUAGAUCUGUGCUCGGUUAAUCCGGUCUUCGCUCUUCUCCUUCCGGUGUGUUUUUCAGUUCGUAGUGAACCGGUGGAAAACAUUCACCGACGGCCGCGUUGGAUUAAUAACGGAAUAAAUAAAUAUUUAAUAAACCGGGAGGAAACAUGUCCACCGCCCUGGAGAGCUACAUUAACCGUACUGUGGCCAUAGUCACCUCAGACGGAAGAAUGAUUGUGGGGACCCUGAAGGGCUUCGAUCAGACCAUCAACCUGAUUCUGGACGAGAGUCAUGAGCGCGUGUUCAGCUCCAGUCAAGGGGUGGAGCAGGUGGUUCUGGGACUUUACAUCGUCCGCGGAGACAACGUGGCUGUGAUCGGGGAGAUCGACGAGGAGACGGACUCCACCCUGGAUCUAGGAAACAUCAGAGCCGAGCCCCUAAACUCCGUGGUCCACUGACCUCUGACCCCCCCGACACCCCAUCCCAUCCCUGGACCGCCGUCUCCAUGGUAACGGAUGAAGGCCCGGCUCCGUGCGUCCGACAGGAGUUUGUUUUCUCUUUGUAUUUUUUUAUAAAUAAAAUAAAAAGACUUGUUGAUGUUGAUAAAUGGACUUUUGUGUUCUGUUUUUGUCAAAACUGGGAUUGUUUAAUAAAGUUUCAUUUGUUGUAAAAAAAAAAA